CUUCUUCCUCCUGCCCACCACGGCGCCACCCCGCACCUACUCCAGUCUCCACUCUCCUUGGGAGCACAAGUUUUUUUUUUUCUAUAAAUGCGAGCGGUGCUCCGCGUCUGUUACUUCAAUUGAACGUACGUCUACUGGGCAGGAGACCGGAAAUCAUGGAUGCCGCAAACGAAGUUGUUGAUGAGGUCUCCGGCUGGCUCCGGGUAUUCGCCGACGGCACGGUGGACCGAACCUGGACCGGCCCAAAAGAGGUUUCUUACCUGCUGGAUCCGGUGACCCCCUCGAACAAGCCAGAUGAUGGCGUCUCCAUCCGCGACGUGGUUAUCGACCCGGACUCCGGCGCCUUGGCGCGGAUAUACUUGCCGGAAGACGCACCGGAGUCGGGAAAGCUCCCCAUCCUUUUGCACUUCCAGGGUGGUGGGUUCUGCGUCAGCCGGCCGGACAUGAACUUCUACUAUGCCUUCUACUCGAGCCUGGUCAAGAAAGCUGGAGCCGUCUGCGUCUCCCCUUGGCUGAGGCUCGCGCCGGAGAACCGGCACCCGGCCGCGCUGAACGACGCGUACGCGAGCCUUAUGUGGCUCCGGUCCGUGGCGCGGGCCGAGGUGUCCGAGCCGUGGCUCGAGUCACGGGCCGACUUCGGGAGAGUGUUCCUCAUCGGGGACAGCUCCGGCGGCAAUCUCGUGCACGCCGUGGCGGCGCGUGCAGGGGAAGAGGACAUUUCCCCCCUGGUGUUGCGGGGAGGGAUUCCAAUCCACCCUGGAUUCGUCCGCUCGACUCGGAGCAAGUCGGAGCUCAGCCUGCAGUCGGACUCGGCCUUCCUGACACUGGAAAUGGUGGACAAGUUCCUGGGCUUUGCGCUCCCAAUCGGCAGCACCAAGGAUCAUCCCUUUACGUGUCCGAUGGGGGAGGCGGCGCGGCCGCUGAACACCCUGAAGUUGCCGGAUUUCCUGGUACCGGUGGCCGACAAUGACCUGAUCCGGGACACGGAGCUGGAGUACAUAGAGGCCAUGAAGAAGGCAGGGCAGAAGGUGGAGGUGCUCAUGAAUUUCGGUGUGGGCCACUGCUUUUACCUGAACAGGAUCGCCGUGGACACGGACCCGCGUGUUGCUCAGGAAACCGAGAAAUUCAUAGAAGCGAUCACAAGAUUCAUCGAGGAGCGACGCUGACACAGUCACAUAGACUCAAUAAUUGGCCAUUAUCUAUUUUCCUUUCUGCAAAGCGUCCCUGUAUGUCCAGUUCAAAGUCAGUGGGUGAUAUCGGCAAUGAUGCAGCAACCUUCAACGAAUAUGUUGUUUUCAAGUGUAAUGCAUUAAAUCACUAUCCUUCUUACUUUUCCCAA